GCCUCCCGUCGCACUAGCUGACUGCAUACAAGCGUUUGGAGUGCUGAGAGCGUUAAUUUGGAGUCCGGUCAUCAAAAUGAAAAAUAUCACUGUUUUACUGUUUUUGUUAGGGUCUAUUCUGAUUGCACAAUGCCAAAGAGCACCACCAAAUCGAGGAGGGCCCCCUCCAGCCUCGGAGGGGAGGAAGACCUCCGCCACCUUCUAACAUGAGACCUCCAGGUCCCCUGGGGCCACCUCGUAGACGCCCACCAAUGAGACAACCUCCGCCUCCACCAUCGGGUAGACCGAUGGGACCACCUAGAAAUAGGGCGAUGCCACCCCCAAAUUUCAGACCACCUCCGCCAAGAACUUGGAGAAGGCCACCUCCCCCUCAACCAAACCCUUUCAGGGCACCAAACUGGCCACCUCCGGCUCCAGUAAGGAAUUGUACAUGGAGUCCGGUCUGUGGGUCUGACGGACACAAUUAUCCCAGCGCAUGUCAAAUGCCACGGAUGGUAACAAAGGCAUGUGAUGGUCACUGUCCAUGUUUCACCGCCCCUCGCCCACCUCCAUGUGGGUGUGGUCCAGCUUACGCGCCGGUUUGUGGCACAGACGAGCACACGUAUGAUAAUUACUGCAAGCUUAGAUGUUCGAAUCAAAUAGAAAAGUGUAUCGGCCCGUGUCCCUGUCCUACACCCGCCCCUACAACACUUGCUCCAACAACACCACCUCCCUGCACGUGCGAGAACCAGCCUUACAGUCCAGUUUGUGGCAAAGACAGCAGAGUAUACAACAAUGACUGCGAGCGGAAAUGCGCGAAUGUGGAGUUGAACUGUGCCGGAAUGUGUCCAUGUGAGCGUGAAAAUGGACAGGUAGAGGUCGAAACUAAUCAAAGGCCGGCACCCCGCACCACGCCUCCACCACUGCCACCUACGGUCGACCCAUUCUUCUCCUUAUUCCAGCCUUUUCUUCCCUUCCAACCCAUACAACCAGUGGCGGAUUCGAACUCGUGUUCGCACUGUUGGCUGGAUAGCGACGCAGUCUGUGGCGGAGACGGACGCACAUACUUCAACUAUUGCUUUGCCCGCUGCAAUGAUGCGGAAAGUCAAGUGUUACUCGGAGUGUCCAUGUGGACAUUAACUGUCCGAAAACUGACGCUGAUGGUUCACCUGGCUGCUGGGCUGAACCAGGAAACCAGAAUCAUGAUGUUCCUCAUCAUGUGUGUCCGGAUGUCGCUCUGGUCAGACAGGUCCAUCUUCGCUAGCCAAGGCUUCUAAUCGCGUUACUCUCCACGUUGUAACACAAUCAAAUGUCUCGGCUAGCGAAGAUGCACAGGUCAUGUAUGUUGUAAAGUUUAUUGUGAUUUCAGCAUCCCAUUUAUUGUUCUGUUACAAGCCAAAUGUAUUUCUCUCUUGUAUAUUCGUCUUAAUAAAAUAUCAGGAACUCA